AAAUCAUAUCACUAGGUGCUUCCCAUCAACUCACGCUAAGGUCAAGUUAGAAAAAUAAAAUAUCUAUAUAUACAACAAUUUGACUCCUCAUACCUUGAAUUGAAGCAGGCACUAUUGAUAUAAAGUUCACACUUCACACUCAAAUACACUCUCCUGUUACUGAGAUAAUUUUCUUCCUUAAUUUGCUUCAUCAUCAACCUUGUAUUCUCAUCAAUCAUCAAGAGAAAAAAUGGCUGAGACUUCAGGAAUCGAACGAAGGAUCAUGGUGACUGUGGAUGAAGGGGAUGAGAGCAUGUAUGCUCUGUCCUGGUGCCUCAAGAACCUUGCUUUCCAGAACGACAAAGACCACCUCAUCCUCCUCUAUGUCAAGCCCCCUCGUGUCGUUUACUCCGCCUUCGAUGGCACAGGUUCGUUCGUAGUAACUAGGUACUUGUUUUCCUCUGAUAUAACUGCAACUAUGGAGAGGGUUAGCCAACAGGUGGCUGAAGGUGUUUUGGAGAGAGCUAAGGGACUGUGUAACAACGUCGAAAAUGUGGAGGUGAAGGCAGAGAGUGGCGAUCCGAGGGACGUGAUCUGUCAGAUGGUUCAGAAGUGGGGUGUUGAUGUCUUGGUCAUGGGAAGCCACGGCUAUGGUGUCAUCAAGAGGGCUUUCCUUGGAAGCGUGAGCAACCACUGCGCACAGAACGUGAAGUGCCCAGUUGUGAUCGUUAAGAAGCCAAAAUCAACCGCUGGAGAAAUAUAAAAAUAAAUAAUAAUAUUUGUUACUUUCUGUAAAUAUAUACUUUGUCCUUAUGUGUAAUUUGGGUUAUGUAUCAUGUAUGUGUGUUUUUCGUUUUGUUUUGUUCCUCCUCGAAGGGAAUCCGAAAUAUUAUUAUAUGUUACAGGCUAAAGUGGUGGAUUUAUUUAUAUGUAAUGUAUGUGUAAAAACAUUGGUUUAUUACUUUUAAAUUGGACUUUAUUUAUUUCUAUGUAGAA